AUGUGUAGCCCCAUCAAUCCAGCAGAAGUGACAAGGCGUGUAAGACAGUUUUUUUCAACUGCCCCGCCGUCUACACGAGAUAUCAUCUGCUACCAUGCUCGUUUAAACACUGAAAAAGUAGAAAUGAUAUCUGAAGUCACAUCCUCUGAUUUCAUUACUACUCCUACUGGUACUAAUAAUGAUGCUACUUUUGUUCCUGUUGCUGCUUCGCCUUUAGCAGAUAACGGAGGUACUUCACUUGAGACAGAGGGAACUAUCAUGUCAUGGAUCAUGUGUGCUGAUAGUUCUCUUUCAGCCGUACCAAUAGGGAGCUCCAGUGACGCCAGAGUAAUAGAAGGUGUCGUUGAUGAAGGUAUUUUAUGCUUUAUAAUCGAUGCACUGACAUCAGCCCAUUUGAGUGUGGUGACAGAAGUGUGUACUCAUGUCUCGGUAUCUCUCGAUGUUGAGUUUCUGCAGUCACUCACUACAGAAUGUGCAUUCACGCUGAAGAGUCGUGUUUUGCGUGUUGGUCAGCGGAUUUGUUUUUUAUCUGCAGAGAUUUACCAAUUUCAGAGUGGUAAGUCGGUGCUGUGUGCAAAAGCCAAUCACGCCAAAAUCUUCUAUAGGAAAGGGUCACAACGUACAUCCAAGUUGUAA